UCUCACCGGUGUUGACGUGCAGGAGCACUCCAAUUAAUCGAAAAUAGGGAAAAUCAUCCUGAAUUCGAAAUAAGUGGCAAUGGCCUUCACCCCCCGCGCUCGGGGGCUCCCCCAGAGCUGUGGAUUAUCCGAAAAUCAGCGAGGGCAGGCCUUCGGCAACGAGCCACCUCGGAGAGCGCUCCUCCCGACCCCCUCAGCUGCCCCCCAGGGCAUCUUCAUGGCUCCAACGAACAGCAUGCAAUACUCGCGAGUAGUAUCCCUUCCAGUCGAAUCAACGCGCAGGGGUCUCUUGCCCACCCCUCCGGUCUUAAACCUCAAUCUCCCCAGCGCCAAUCCCCUUCACAAUAACAUGUCCCCUCACAGGGGUCUCCUGCCGUUGCCCUCAGUCGCGAACCUCACGUUCGCACCCAACAUUCUCCUCCAAACCUCAUCAGCCCGAUCUUACCCCGACGAAGCUCCUCGCAGGGCUCUCCUCCCUGCGCCCCCCGCCGCCAGAGCAGAAGAGAAAGGCGACGACCCUCUCGUAAAAUUCCCAGGGCGCAUCGUGUGCACGCUUUGUCAGCAAGACGACUUUCCAGAUUCCGUCAGUGCCUUAGCUCACUUGUCCUCAGAAACCCAUCGUAACAAUCUGUCCAAACACCGGAGGCCCCGAAGCCCUGAGCCACCCCCCAGAGCCUUCGACCCUCCUCGCAUCGACUUGGAGAACCUACCAGAGGGCAUCGAAACAAUGCCAACGAGGAACUACUUCCUCUGCACAAUCUGCAACACCAAAAUUCGUCCAAAUUUCAUCGACUCUCACGUCGUCACAAUCGACCACCGAUUGGGUGGCAAGAAGGUCAUCCACAGGCUGAGUGCCUUGGAGUUCAAGUGCAUCCUCUGUGAUGUCAUUAUCGAGGGCCACAUUGAAGUGAGGAUGCACUUGAAGAGCGGAGCUCACAUGACGAGGAGGAACCUCUCGCUGGAUCCAGAAUUAGUUGCCUUGAAAAGAUCGUACGAUUUGCCAGACGGCAUCGUGAGAACAGAGAGUGACCAGUGGUUCUGGUGUUCGCCGUGCUCAUGCCCGUUGAAAGCAGCUCAUGCGGUAGCGGAUUUGCAUGCGGACAGAUCGGCACACAAGGAAAAUUUGGCGGCUUGGAGAGGAAGGAGUGUUGAUAAAUCAGGGAAAUGGUUUUCAGACGGAAGACGAGAUCACGAGGGGCAGCAUAAUCCAUAUCCAUCAUCCUCGUCAAGAGAGAGAGAUGAAGCGUAUCGACCAAGAGAACGAGAUUACGAGACAAUGAGACAGGCAGUUUCCACUUCUGGAUCGAGAUCUGAAGGGUACAGUUCCCCGAGUAAUUUCCACUCAUUCUCGUCGAGAGGUCGAGAUCAGGAGGCGACUAAACCCUCAACGUCUGAAGAAUAUUACGCCCUUCCAACUCUGUUUCCAUCGUGUUCAUCGACAGAGGAAGUCUAUCCACCUGCGCAAGGACGUGAUCGUGAGGCGGAGAGGUCAUUUUCCGGACCCCAGGUCUAUCACAAUCCUCAGAAUGAUUUCCCGUCUUCAUCGAGAAGUCAAACUCAUUCGUCAACUCGAGACCAGGAUCGCCAGACGAUUGGAUCAAGACCCGAAGGAUCUCACAAUCCUUCAAAUCAUUUCCCACCGAGAGAAAGAGACGAGGCAAAUCCGCCACGAGGACGAGACCACGAGGUGAUGAGACUCUCGACAUCAACUUCUCGAUCGAGACCCGAAGGAUCCCACAAUCCUUCAAAUCAUUUCCCGCCGAGAGAAAGAGACGAGGCAAAUCCGCCACGAGGGCGAGACCACGAGGUGAUGAGACUCUCGACAUCAGCUUUUCAAUCGAGACCCGAAGGACAUCCCAAUCCGAGUAGUUUCCCAUCGUCUUCGUCGAGACGAGCGGACGCCGUGCCGAGACCAUCGUCACCACUCGACGACAACGACGAGGUCCCAGACAUCAACAACUUCCCCUGCGAGGUCUGCAACUGCAUAAUCACCGGUGGCUACUUCAGCAUUCUACAGCACAGGGAAUCCCUGGAGCACCGAGCCAAGGAGAUGGGGUCCUGCGUCGUCCCACCACGCGACGAAAGCCUCCCCGAGGGAAUCGAGCGCCUGAGGACCCGCAAGUUCCACAUAUGCACGAUAUGCGGCUGCAAGGUGCCCCCGUACAUCUCCAUCGAGAGGCACGUUGCCACCCAAGUUCACCAGAGCAACGGCAAAAACGUCUUCACGAGACUCGGCGAGAAGUACUUCCAUUGUACCGUUUGCGGUGUCACCCUGACGAACUGGAGACGCGCCCUUGUGCACGUGAAAAAGGGAAGGCACAUUGAAAAGAAGAUGAAAGCGGGCACUGGUGGUCAUAGAUUUACCCUGAAGACACCGAGACCCUACGAGAACCGUCAGCAACUUCCGGACGGCAUUCAGAAGAUCACGAAGAGGAGAUUUAAGCGCUUAGUAUGCACCACCUGCGGCUGCAGACUCAAACGCUCGGUGGCAAUGGCCGAUCACCUCGACAGUAUCGAUCACAAGAUGAAUGGAUCGAAUGUCAUCCUGAGAAUAGGAAAGACAAAGUUCAGGUGCAAAGUUUGCAAUUGCAUUCUGCACACUAUUGCGAUGGCACUGCGACACGCGAAGGAGAUCGCGCAUCUGGCGAAGAAGGCCGAAAAAAUGCCGGAGGAGACGGCAAUGUUGAAGAUGAUGUACCAAGUGCCGGAGGGAAUUGUCAAGUACCCGCAUAAGCGGAUUUACUGGUGCCGGGUGUGUCGGAUCGUAGCGGGGACCAAGUUCUUGGAUGCGAGUAGUCAUGGGAAGGAUGAAAGACAUCGGAGUAGGCUGGAAUCUUACAGGAAGAAUCCUAGGGGACAUGGGGAGGACGUUCCGGAGGAUCUGGAUAAUUAUCAGAUUAAGGAUGACGAGUCGGAGGAUGGAGAGUCCUUGGACGAGGCUGAGGUGGGGGGAGAGGGGUCUUCGGUUUCGGGGGAAGACAUCGCGGAUGAACUAUCGCUUGAUGAUUCUAAGAAUUAUGAGGCGGAGGGACACGUGUCUGGGGAGGAGGUUCACCCGGAGGAAUUCUCCAUCAAUGAUUUCAUCGUCACGGAUGAGUGUUAUGGGUCUGAUGAUGGGGGGGCAGGACGGGAUGAGGUGAGGGAAGGGAGGGGGAGGCGCGAGCGGGAGAGGUCUGGGGAGAGGAGUAGAGAGGGGUUCUCCAGGAGCCGAAGGUUCCCGGAGGGAAUUAUUCAACUCCCUGAUGAAGAUUCUCUUCUGUGUUUAUUCUGCAACUGUGCGAUUGAUUCUCGUUCGUUGGAGGAUCAUCUCGAUAAGAAGGAGCAUCGAGGGAGGGUGAAGAGGGACAUCACUCGACUCGGUAGAAACGAGUAUGAGUGCAAUACUUGUCGGCUUCGUUUGUACCAUGCUAGCAAUGUUAAUGAACAUUUAAGGGGCAAGACGCACCGGAAAAAUGUAGCAGAUUUUUGGGAGCAAGGGAAGGGGAGGGAUCGACGGGAGGACCUUGAGGGGCCGGCGGGACGAAGUAAACGGAGGAGGAGGGACGAACCACGUUCCGAACAAUCUGAAGGACUUCGAGAUUAA